AUGGAGAGCACCAGCAAGGUGGCCAAAUUGUGGAACAGGAGACAGAGUCUCUUUCCCAACUACAAAGUUGCAGACUCAGACAUUAAUCGAAGACCCUCGGAGAUUGUUUAUCCAUUAGCCAAGGAGAGCUGCGUGAAGACAUGGAACUCCAUGCAGGAUCUGAGCAGGGACAUUUACGACAUCUAUGCUGAGUAUGAGAAUGAAGAGGAUGACACUGUUCUGUACAGCUUCUCCAAGCCGAUUUCACCAUCCAAGAAGAACUAUAUGAUCAACAUCAAUGUAGGUGGAAAGUCCUACCAGAUAGCCUACAAGACGGCUGCCAAGUACCCCAAGACCAGAAUAGGACGACUGGCCACCUACACAGACCACAACAUGAAGCUGGACCUAUGUGAUGACUACACUGUGACCAACAAUGAGUACUUUUUCGACAGGGACCCCGAUGUCUUCCACAGCAUCUUCAACUUCUACAGGACUGGUGUGCUGUGGAUCAAAGACGAGUUGUGCCCCCGCAACUUCCUGGAGGAGAUCAACUACUGGGGCGUGAGGAUCAAGAACACCCACCGCUGCUGCCGCAUCUCCUUCGAGGAGAGGCAGGAUGAGCUCAACGACCAGCUGAAGAUCCAGAGGGAGCUGGAAGCCGAGGUGGAGAUUGAGGAGAAUGAGGAGCUCUUCCAAGACAUGUUCAUGGGCAAAAAGCGUCGAGCUAUCUGGAACUUCAUGGAGAAGCCUUUUUCGUCUGUCAAGGCCAAGCUGAUGGCGGUGGCUUCCAGUCUGUUUGUCCUGAUCUCCCUGGUGGCCAUGACUCUCAACACAGUGGAAGAGAUGCAGUACAGAACUGCCACAGGCCAGCUCAGUGGCAAGACGUACUGGGAAUAUGUGGAGUCCAUGUGCAUCGCCUUUUUCACCAUGGAGUACCUGCUGCGUCUGGUGUCUACUCCUGACCUCAAAGCCUUCAGCAGGAGCGUGCUUAACACUGUGGACCUAAUUGCCAUCCUGCCUCAGUUCCUCCAGGCCAUCCUGGAGUUCUUUGACAGUGAGGAAAACUACAUGAAGCAUGAGGCCGACAUAAAGGCGGUGGGACAGGUGGGAAAGCUGGGGCAAGUGUUGCGUAUCAUGAGACUGAUGCGAAUCUUUCGUAUCUUGAAGCUGGCACGACACUCCACAGGCCUGCGGGCGUUUGGCUUCACUCUGCGUCAGUGCUAUCAGCAAGUGGGCUGCCUCUUCCUCUUCAUUGCCAUGGGUAUCUUCAGCUUCUCUGCCAUGGUUUACACUGUGGAGCAUGACAUGCCGCAGACAAACUUCACCAGCAUCCCUCAUGCAUGGUGGUGGGCUGCUGUCAGCAUCUCCACUGUCGGCUACGGAGAUGUCUACCCAGAGACCAUCCUGGGUCGUCUCUUCGCUUUCAUCUGCAUCGCUUUUGGAAUCAUCCUCAAUGGUCUGCCCAUAUCCAUCCUCUUCAACAAGUUCUCAGACUACUACUCUAAACUCAAGUCCAAUCAGUACACAGCCUCCUCGCAGAAACGAGGGAAAGUGAGGUUUGCCAAGAGGACGGCGAAAAGGUUCAACCACUGCUUUGGAAACGGCCACUGUCAUUGACACUGAAUUCUUACGCAACCUUUUACAGAGAAAUAAAAUGCUUGACUGUAAAACUGUGCAAAAAAUGUGUAUGGGAUCUGGAUGCUUGGAUAUAACAAGGGUGAAAGAUGUUUGUUGAUUGGAAGCCAGUGAAGGAUCAUGUCCUUUUCACUGCACUGAAUGCCUGAAAAAAGUUGGGUGGGAUCUAGGGUAGAUAGCGUCCCUAUGUGAGCAGCUGAUAAGAAGCUCAUGGCUGGCUACACCUUUCCACAGCCAGUUAGUGGUGACAAGGACUGCAGUUCAGUGAUGGGCUUACUAAAUUCAGGAGAACAAGGGGGAGAACAUUAAACACAAGGGACUGAUCUCAUAAAAUAUUUGCUUUUGUAUACAGAAAACCAUAUUUUUAUUACUGAAUAGAUGAACAUAAGAAGAAUCACUCAAUGUGUACACUACAG